CGAGGAGGGCCGGAGCGAGCGAGUGUGUGUUUUUGUGUGUGGGUGAAGGCCGGAGCGGCCGGCGGGGGAGAUGAACACCGUCCUGACCCGCGCCAACUCUCUCUUCGCCUUCUCGCUGAGCGUGAUGGCGGCGCUGACCUUCGGCUGCUUCAUCACCACCGCCUUCAAAGAGCGCACGGUGCCCGUCAGCAUCGCCGUCUCGCGGGUCAUGCUGAAAAAUGUAGAAGACUUCACCGGACCUGGAGAAAGAAGUGACCUUGGAAUCAUUACUUUUGACAUUACUGCAGAUCUGCACAGUAUAUUUGACUGGAAUGUGAAACAAUUAUUUCUUUAUUUAUCAGCAGAAUAUUCAACAAAGAACAAUGCUUUGAACCAGGUUGUCCUCUGGGACAAAAUUAUUUUGAGAGGGGAUAACCCAAAGCUGCUGUUGAAAGACAUGAAAUCAAAAUACUUCUUCUUUGAUGAUGGAAAUGGUCUCAAGGGCAACAGAAACAUCACAUUGACUCUUUCAUGGAAUGUCGUACCAAAUGCUGGCAUCCUACCUCUUGUGACAGGAGCAGGACACAUAUCUGUUCCAUUCCCAGAUACUUAUAAAACGGCAAAAAGCUAUUAAAUUAUUAUGCUGAACCUUGAGUAACAUAUUUUUAUACUUGUACAUUAUAAAUUUUAUCGCUUUUUCGUCUCCCGCCCACCUCAAUUCAAAGGUACUGUACUGAGUUUCUUUAGGUUUAGCUGAGAUGGAAGGAAAAUAAUUUGUCUGGUUUGUUUUCAACUUUCAAUUCAAAAAAAUGAACUUGAAAUCUCAAGGAAAGGUGAAUAGUUGUUUUAAAUUUUGGGCAAAAAGUUAUUGUUCUGGUUAUCAGGACAGGUAAUACCUUUCUUACAAAUAAAACUUUUUGAAACCGGAAA